AUGAAAGUGAUUCAUAAUUGUGGGCUUAUUGUAUAAGUUGAUAAGAUGGCUUUGCUUGAGUCGGGUACUAUUUAGAUAGAAUUUAUUUCUGUAAGAUUGCUGUACAUGCUAUCAGUUGCUCAGUUGUCUUCGUUCGUUGUUGUUUCUUUUUUAUGGUGGACUGUUGGAAGCUCAGAUAGAAUCCUGAAACAGUGGUUUAUUGAUACAUAUAGUGCAAGAUUUGGCAACAUAUCACUAUGGCUGACCUCAAGACCACUGUAGACAGUUCUGGGUCCGAAUCCAGCUCAUGUGAGACACCAGGUAGUGAGAGUAAUGGAACAGAAACACGAGCCCAGUGCGAGUACAAGGACGAGAUAGUGAAGGACAUGGCGAUAGAGAAAAUGCGACAGAAACUGGAUACCAUCGUUCAGAAAAUGGAAAAGGACGUUGAACGUAAACUCGACCUACUGGUGGACGACCUGGUGACCGAAGUGAAGCUAUUCAACCUCAAGAAUUACGAACUGCGUCAGCUAUUUAGGGAAACAACAAGCACAAUCACCGUGGGUGGCACAGAAAAGAACUCCGGCAGACGGCGCAAUGCCAGCGGAAAACUGGCGGAGAAAGAGUUUCUAGCGAGAAAUUCGCUACUAACCGAUCUGUUUGAGGUGAAACAUAUCAAAACAAUUUAUCACAUUUUUAUUGUGAUUCUAAUUAUCAUGUUCCUGAAUACGGUGGUACACGAUUUUGUCGAUCGUGGAAGUAUUAAUCUAGGCCUUCGGCCUAUCAUAGCAGGAUUCGGAAAGUUCCACAUAGCUUUACUACUUUGGAGUUGCAUGCAACUGACAGUGUUUUGCAUUUAUCCGUGCUUCUCAAUUUGGGCAAAUCUGCAUAAGCUCUUCGUGAAUAAUGUCCUAAGAAAAUGUUACAACAUCUGUUCCAUUAUGGGACUUAUUUCGUAUCAAUGUAUUUUUGUCGUGGCCGUCAUCAAAUCUGUUCUGCUGUUGGAUCUUCCUCCGGCAUCCUCAAUAGCAGUUUUAAUGGAAAUGACACGCUUCACAAUGAAAAUGCACGCUUUCGUUCGAAGUAACAUCCCACGUGCCUUGCUGCCCUGCAGCAAGACUUCAAUCAACGACAAACCUGCACAUUCAACACUCUUACCGACAUUUUCGAAGUUCGUGUACUUCCUGUUUGCUCCAACACUCGUCUAUCGAGACGAAUAUCCUCGAACGAAACGGAUUCGCUGGUCGAUUGUGUUUCGACAUGCGUUGGAGGUAGUCGGAGUGGUUUUCUACAUUAGUUUCAUCUUUGAACGAUUCCUGACGCCGUUGUUCGACCGUUUUGGAGACGCACAAAUAACAGCCGGUAACUUCGUGCUGACACUGUUUGGAAGCAUUAUGCCAGGAUCACUGUCCUUCCUGUGUGGAUUUUACUGUUUGCUACAUGCCUGGAUGAACGCUGGUGCUGAGCUAUUGCGGUUUGCGGAUCGAAUGUUCUAUCGGGACUGGUGGAAUGCUUCUUCUUUUCCGGAGUAUAUCCGUUCGUGGAACGUUGUUGUACAUGAUUGGUUGUAUACGUACAUCUACAAGGACUCGGUUGAGCAUCUGUUCAAGAAUUGUCGGCCAUUGGCGACAGUUUUGGUGUUCACCGUUUCAGCCGUGUUCCAUGAAGUGAUUCUAGCGUUUGCGUUCCGGUUCUUCUACCCAGUGAUGUUUAUGCAGUUCGAAUUCAUGGGCUUGCUGUUGAUGUUCAUUACGCGUAAUGUGAGUAAAGAUGCAGGAAACGUUCUGCUGUGGUUUAUGCUUUGCAUCGGCAAUGGAAUUCAGCUCAGUUUAUACAACAUGGAGUACUACGCCCGAAAGAACUGUCCGGUUAGUGGGGCUUCCAUGAUUGACUAUAUGGUUCCAGUGUCGUGGAAAUGCAAUGGAAUAUCUCACAACCCAAAUUGGACGAUAACUGCACCGUGGGACCUUAGCUAAGAAAUGUUAGACACGCUUUUAGUUGUAAAAAAAAAUUAUCAAGCUAUUUUUGUCAGUGAUGAAAAUAAACAAGACUGUUACCAGUGAUGAUUUUGUA